CGAUCGUCAAACCCCAAAAAAGUGGAGAAGGGUGAGAUCGCGCGAGAGAGUGAGACAAAGAUACACCAACAACAAAUGAAGCGCAAGCAAUAAGCGAGAGAAGAGAAUCCCUGUUUAGCUCUCCGGCUCUCAGCUGCCCUGUUUUCUGUAUCUCUCAACUCUCAACUCUGCUGCUUCUCUGUUGAGUGACACAGUAACAACAACUCUGAAAAGCCCAAAAAUAUUAAAGAUUGGUGAAGAAGAAGAGGAGAACAUGGGUAUACUAUACGACGACGUAGUGUUAAUCAGACCUUCAGAGAGAGAAGGGGAUCCAAACGUGAUUACUGUGAAUUGCCCUGACAAGACUGGGCUGGGUUGCGACUUGUGUCGCAUCAUUCUCUUCUUUGGGCUGAGCAUUGUCAGAGGAGAUGUAUCUACGGACGGCAAAUGGUGCUACAUAGUUUUCUGGGUGGUCGGAAAAUCAACGACGAGGUGGUCUUUGUUGAAGAAGAGGCUAGUGGAGGUCUGCCCCUCUUGUUCUUCAGCUUCUGGGAUAUCCUUUUUCCGACCUGACCCGCAGCCGCCGAAGCCUCCCGAUGUGUUCCUCUUGAAGUUCUGUUGUUAUGAUCGAAGAGGGCUUUUGCAUGAUGUGACGGGGGUUCUAUGUGAGCUUGAGCUUACUAUAAAGAAAGUGAAGGUAUCAACCACCCCUGAUGGCAAAGUGAUGGACCUGUUUUUCAUCACAGAUACCAGGGAGCUUCUACAUACGAAGAAGAGGCAGGAGGACACAUGUAGCCGCUUAAAAGAUGUUCUGGGGGAUGUGAUUCUAACUUGUGAUAUUGCAAUGGCAGGCCCUGAAAUUACUGCAUGUUCACAGACGUCUUCAUUUCUUCCUUCUGCAAUCACAGAGGAUACAUUUAGCUUGGAAAUGCCUAAUAAACUCCCUAGUGGAAUUGUGACCUCUGACAGUGUUUCUGUCACAAUGGACAACUCACUGAGUCCUGCUCACACACUCGUGCAAAUUGUUUGCAAGGACCACAAAGGUCUUCUUUAUGACAUAAUGAGAACUCUAAAGGAUUACAAUAUUCAGAUUUCUUAUGGGCGAUUCUCUAUAAAAGAAAGAGGAAAUUGUGAGAUUGACUUGUUCAUUGUGCAAGCUGAUGGGAAGAAGAUAGUCGACCCUAGCAAGCAGAAUGCAGUGUCAUCUCGUCUUCGAAUGGAACUAUUUCGUCCUCUCCGAGUAGCUGUUGUUGCCCGGGGUCCCGACAUGGAGCUGCUAGUUGCAAACCCUGUGGAGUUAUCUGGCAAGGGCCGGCCUCUUGUUUUCUAUGACAUGACCCUUGCUCUCAAGAUGCUAAAUACUUGCAUCUUUUUGGCUGAGAUUGGGAGGCACAUAAUUGGAGAUAGGGAAUGGGAGGUUUACAGAGUCUUGCUUGAUGAAGGGGAUGGCUUAUCUGUUCCUAGGGACAAGAUUGCAGAAGGGGUUUGGAAGAUGUUGAUGGGUUGGGAGUGAUAUAACAAUUACAGAUAUUGAUCCUCUUAGAAUUGCAAUGGUCUUCCCGUACAGUUCACUUCUCCCUGUUACCAUAUCCAUUAGAUGAUAGGGUAUAUGUUAUUAAAGGGUGAUCCUUUUUACAGCAUAUUCUUCAUCUUUUUUUCCUGCUAACUCUAGUGUAAAAACUUGAGAAAGUCAAGUAGUGAGGAGAUAAAAGGGUGAGCAAAGUCCUAAUGGCAUUGUAUAUUUGUAUACUUUCUAAUAUUAUUGUAAAGUUGUAGAUAUGGUGCUAUUUCAA